CACAGUGAGAGGACUCAUUGACAGACAGCAGUGGACUGGCUGCUGCUGUCCUCCUCGGAUCCGCCGUGUGUCUGCGGACAGGCACCCGGAUGUGGCGAAAAUGUUUGGCGCUCCUCUCAGGGUCCGCUGCGCUCGGGAAACAUCUCAUGAUUCAGGCUGAAGGCUCGGCUCGGGCUCGCGCGUCGACCGCACCUCCGGAUGGUGUCUCCAGCGAUGAGUUGGGUUUAAAGCGAAUUGUUUCAAUGUGGACGCGAGGAUGCAAGAAGCAGAUGAACAGUGUGGAGGGGCACAGUAUCCCAGCAACAAAACAACCACUCCCUCCACUGAUGCCUCGGCCCUCUGGUCAGAAAGCAACACCCGCCUGCACCAGCUCCAUCCACAAGAGCAACUGCAGGCUCCGGCCAGCACCGGCAAGCCAGUCGGCACCUCGUAUGGCCUCCUUGGGGUUAACAGUGGCAAUCAGGUUGUCGAUGGCACUGGCACCAGUGUCAGCCCAGUCCUCGCUUGGCACGCCGCCAUUAGCGCGGCUCGCCAAGCACAGGGCGAUACUGCAAAGCCUGACACAGACUCACGGCCCUCAGUUUGCACCACUGGACCAGCUCCUGUAGGCUCACUGGCGCAGAGGAAGAGGCAGCAGUACGCCAAAAGCAAAAAACAAGGAGGAUCUACCAACAGCAGGCCACCCAGAGCUCUGUUCUGCCUCACCCUCAACAACCCGAUCCGCCGGGCCUGCAUCAGCCUGGUGGAGUGGAAACCAUUUGAUAUCUUUAUACUGCUGUCUAUUUUUGCCAACUGUGUGGCCUUAGCCAUCUACAUCCCCUUCCCUGGAGACGACUCCAAUUCUACCAACCAAGAGCUGGAAACAGUAGAGUAUGCCUUCCUCAUCAUUUUCACUAUAGAGACAUUUCUGAAGAUUAUUGCCUACGGCCUGGUCAUGCACCAAAACUCCUACGUCAGAAACGGCUGGAACAUGCUGGACUUUGUCAUUGUCAUUGUGGGGUUGUUCAGUGUUGUUCUGGAGAUGGUAACCAAAGACGCUGACUCUGGUGGACAGUCUGGAGGCAAACCUGGGGGGUUUGACGUCAAGGCCCUCCGGGCCUUCCGCGUGCUUCGACCCCUUCGCCUUGUCUCUGGAGUUCCCAGUUUACAGGUGGUUUUAAACUCCAUCAUUAAAGCCAUGGUUCCCCUGCUUCACAUCGCUCUGCUCGUCCUCUUCGUCAUCAUAAUCUACGCCAUCAUUGGCCUGGAACUCUUCAUCGGCAAAAUGCAUGCCACAUGCUAUGUGAUACAAACAGGUGUCCUCUCCGAAGAAGAGCCCACGCCAUGUGCGGUAUCAGGGCACGGCCGUCACUGCAUGUUCAACGGUACAGUUUGCAGAGAGGGCUGGCAGGGCCCCAACAACGGCAUCACCAACUUCGACAAUUUUUUGUUUGCCAUGCUCACCGUGUUCCAGUGCAUCACCAUGGAGGGCUGGACUGAUGUUCUCUACUGGAUGAAUGAUGCAAUGGGCUUUGAGCUGCCUUGGGUGUACUUUGUCAGUCUGGUCAUCUUUGGAUCCUUCUUUGUCCUCAACUUGGUCCUGGGUGUGUUAAGCGGAGAGUUUUCCAAAGAGCGAGAGAAGGCCAAGGCUCGGGGAGACUUCCAAAAGCUCCGUGAGAAGCAGCAGUUGGAGGAAGACCUAAAGGGCUACCUGGACUGGAUUACCCAGGCCGAGGACAUCGACCCUGAGAACGAGGAAGAAGGAGACGAGGAGGGCAAGCGUAACCGGGUCACGCUGGCUGACCUCACUGAGAAGAAGAAAGGGAAGUUUGGCUGGUUCACCCAGUCCACAGAGACACAGGCGAGCAUGCCCACGAGUGAGACGGAGUCGGUGAACACAGACCAUCACAAUGGAGAGGAGGACAAAUCACCGUGUUGUGGGCCACUGUGUCAAAAAAUUACUAAGUCAAAGUGCAGUCGUCAGUGGCGGCGGUGGAACCGGUUUUGCCGCAGAAAGUGUCGUGUGGCUGUGAAAUCAGUGACGUUUUAUUGGCUGGUCAUCAUCUUGGUGUUCCUCAACACUCUCACCAUCGCCUCUGAGCACUACAACCAGCCCGACUGGCUGACUGCAGUACAGGACAUAGCCAACAAGGUUCUCCUGGCGAUGUUCACCAUGGAGAUGCUGGUGAAGAUGUACAGUCUGGGGCUGCAGGCGUACUUCGUGUCCCUGUUUAACCGCUUUGACUGUUUCGUGGUGUGCGGAGGCAUCGUAGAGACCAUCCUGGUGGAGGUGGCCAUCAUGUCUCCUUUGGGCAUCUCUGUUUUCCGCUGUGUACGCCUGCUCAGGAUCUUCAAAGUUACUCGUCACUGGGCAUCUCUCAGUAACCUGGUGGCCUCUCUGCUCAACUCCAUGAAGUCCAUUGCCUCCCUGUUGCUGCUGCUCUUCCUCUUCAUCAUCAUUUUCUCCCUGCUCGGCAUGCAGCUCUUUGGGGGCAAGUUCAACUUUGAUGAGACAGUGACCAAGAGGAGCACGUUUGAUAAUUUCCCCCAGGCUCUGCUCACCGUGUUCCAGAUCUUGACAGGAGAAGACUGGAACACAGUGAUGUAUGAUGGUAUCAUGGCGUACGGUGGUCCGUCCUCCUCUGGAAUGGUGGUCUGCAUUUACUUCAUCAUCCUCUUCAUCUGUGGAAACUACAUCCUACUGAACGUCUUCUUGGCCAUCGCCGUCGACAACCUGGCAGACGCAGAGAGCCUCAACACAGCACAGAAGGAGGAAGAGGAGGCCAAGAAGAGGAAGAACAGUGCCAAGGAUACAAGCACAGAUAACAAUAGAGUGGAAAUAACAGAAGCCAGUGAUGGCGAGACCAAGAUGCCAGCAGACGCCAUGCUAGAGGAAGACAAAGAGUUGUAUCCUGCCAUCGACUCGCCAGUGUGUAACGUUGACCAUGAUAAUGAAGAGCUUCCAGAAGUGGCCCCUGGACCCCGCCCCCAGAGGCUUUCUGAACUCACUAUCAAGGAGAAGACUCCACCCAUCCCGGAGGGCAGCGCCUUCUUCAUCUUCAGCAGCAAAAACCCGUUUCGUGUGUUCUGCCAUAAGCUGAUCAACCAUCAGAUCUUUACCAACCUCAUCCUGGUCUUCAUCAUGCUCAGUUCUGUCUCUCUGGCUGCCGAGGACCCCAUACGCAACUUCUCUGCUCGCAAUAUUAUACUUGGUUAUUUUGACUAUGCUUUCACCGCAAUCUUUACUGUUGAGAUCCUGUUGAAGAUGACGGCAUUCGGAGCGUUCUUUCAUAAAGGAGCUUUCUGUAGAAACUACUUCAACCUUUUAGACCUGCUGGUCGUUGGUGUGUCUCUGGUGUCAUUCGGCAUUCAGUCCUCUGCUAUCUCCGUAGUGAAGAUUCUCCGUGUUCUCAGAGUCCUCCGUCCACUCAGGGCCAUCAACAGAGCCAAGGGACUCAAGCAUGUGGUCCAGUGUGUGUUUGUGGCGAUCAGGACCAUCGGCAAUAUCAUGAUUGUCACCACCCUGCUGCAGUUUAUGUUCGCUUGUAUCGGUGUACAGCUCUUUAAGGGGAAAUUUUAUCGAUGCACAGAUGAUGCAAAGUCCAGCCCGGAGGAGUGCAAGGGUACAUACAUUCUUUACAACAAUGGGGACACGGCGAUACACACGGCGAUGCACACGGUGAUGCCCAUGGUGAAGGAGAGGAUCUGGCACAACAGUGACUUCAACUUUGACAAUGUCCUCAUGGCCAUGAUGGCACUCUUCACCGUCUCCACCUUUGAAGGAUGGCCCACACUGUUGUACAAGGCCAUCGACUCCAAUAAAGAGAACAUGGGUCCCAUCUACAACUACCGCAUCGAGAUCUCCAUCUUCUUCAUCAUCUACAUCAUCAUCAUUGCCUUCUUCAUGAUGAACAUCUUUGUUGGUUUCGUUAUCGUCACCUUCCAGGAGCAGGGGGAGAAGGAGUACAAGAACUGUGAGCUGGACAAGAACCAGCGUCAGUGUGUGGAAUACGCUCUUAAAGCUCGUCCUCUGCGACGCUACAUCCCCAAAAACCCCUACCAGUACAAGUUCUGGUAUGUGGUCAACUCCACUGGGUUUGAAUACGUCAUGUUUGUCCUGAUCAUCCUCAACACCUUGUGUCUGUCUAUACAGCACCAUGGUCAGUCUCAUCUUUUUAAUUACGCCAUGGACGUCCUCAACAUGGUCUUUACUGGAGUUUUCACAGUGGAGAUGAUCCUCAAGCUCAUCGCCUUCAAACCCAGAAACUAUUUUGCUGAUGCAUGGAACACGUUUGAUGCCUUAAUUGUUGUGGGUAGCGUGGUUGACAUUGCCAUCACUGAGAUCAAUAACACAGAGGACAGUGCUCGCAUCUCCAUCACCUUCUUCCGCCUGUUCAGAGUGAUGCGAUUGGUCAAACUGCUGAGCAGAGGGGAGGGCAUCAGGACUCUGCUGUGGACCUUCAUCAAGUCUUUCCAGGCUCUUCCCUAUGUUGCACUCCUGAUCGCCAUGUUGUUCUUCAUAUAUGCUGUAAUAGGAAUGCAGGUGUUUGGUAAAAUAGCCAUGGUGGAUGGAACACAAAUCAACCGCAACAACAACUUUCAAACUUUUCCUCAAGCUGUCCUGAUGCUCUUCAGGUGUGCUACAGGUGAGGCCUGGCAGGAGAUCAUGCUGGCCUGUCUGCCUGGGAAGCUGUGUGACCCAGAGUCCGACUACAACCCCGGAGAGGAGAGAACGUGCGGCAGCAGUUUUGCCAUUAUCUACUUCAUCAGCUUCUACAUGCUCUGUGCUUUUCUGAUCAUCAAUUUGUUCGUGGCUGUCAUCAUGGAUAACUUUGACUAUCUGACCCGUGAUUGGUCUAUUCUGGGGCCGCAUCACCUGGAUGAGUUUAAACGGGUCUGGUCUGAAUACGAUCCUGAAGCCAAGGGCAGGAUAAAGCACCUCGACGUGGUGACUCUGCUGAGGAGGAUCCAGCCUCCACUGGGCUUUGGCAAGCUCUGCCCACACAGGGUGGCCUGUAAGCGUCUGGUGGCGAUGAACAUGCCCCUGAACAGUGACGGGACUGUCAUGUUUAACGCCACUUUGUUUGCUCUGGUCCGCACUGCUCUCAAGAUUAAGACUGAGGGAAAUCUGGAGCAAGCCAAUGAGGAGCUCAGAGCUGUGAUAAAAAAAAUCUGGAAGAGGACCAGCAUGAAGCUGCUGGACCAAGUUGUUCCCCCAGCAGGCGAUGACGAGGUAACAGUGGGGAAGUUCUAUGCCACCUUCCUGAUACAGGACUACUUCAGGAAAUUCAAGAGGCGCAAAGAGCAAGGUCUUGUGGGAAGGCCCUCGUGGGAGAGGCUGAACACCACCAUGGCUUUACAAGCCGGCCUGCGCACGCUGCAUGACAUGGGACCAGAGAUCCGUCGAGCCAUAUCAUGUGACCUGCAGGAGGAUGGGCUAGUAGAUGCUAAUGGAGAGGAAGAGGAGGAGAUCUACAGGCGUAAUGGCAGUUUGUUUGGGAACCACGUCAACCAUGUCAGUGGCGAUCAGCAAGGCUCCUCUCAGCCGACCACCGUCACUCAACGGCCGCUCCAGAUCCUGACCUUCUCCUGCAGCUCCUCCACUGAGCCCACCCAGACUGGCAGGAGAGCCGGCAGCAAUGACAGGGAGGGAGAGACAGAGAUGAACUCCUCACCCAUCCAGUACAAUCAUCACUAUCAUCCCCCUCAUCCGCAUAAUUCCCCUCAUUGUAAUUCCACCCGCAAUCAAUCGCCAAUACCCUCCAAUGCCAACCUCAACAAUGCCAACGUGCCCUCGCUUCUCUCCAUGACCAGUGUGAGGCAACAGAGGUGUCUGUUAAAACGAGACCGCCCGUCCUCCACCAAAAAUGGGUCCUCGGCAUCCACUCACAGCAAAGGAGCGCAUGACAAGACUGUGAGGUCACAUUCCACGAGGACACGCUACUAUGAGGCCUACAUUAGGCCAGAAAGUGGUGGUGGACUUUACCCCACCAUUUGUCGAGAGGAGCCGGGCGUCAUGGACAGCGAUGAGGAUCGGGGCUCAGGAGAGUACUUCAGCGGAGAGGAGUUUCAUGAGGACGACAUCAUGCUCACAAGAGACAGGCUCUCCAACAAGGAACAACAUGAUGAUGCAGAGGCAGACUUUGAUCUCGAGGUUGCCGGGGGCAACAACCAGACUGAAAGUUACUAUAACGAUGAUCAACAGUUGAUCCACCAAGACAGCAGGCGGUCACCAAGGAGAUGGUUUUUACCCUCGCCUCAAGCCUCCAACAAACCAACGUUUAGUUUUGAGUGUCUCCGCAGAAGAAGUAGUCAGGACGAUGCCCCUCUUUCUCCGUCCUGCACAGCUCUUCCACUGCACCUGGUGCAGCAACAGGUAAUGGCGGUGGCCGGUCUUGAUCCCAGAAUUCACCGUCGGUCUCCGACCAGGUCUCUGCGAUCCUGGGCCACGCCUCCUGCUUCACCCAUCAGCCUCAACUACUCGCCCUGCUACACGCCGCUCAUACAGGUGGACUGGCGCAGUCCUGGCAGCGUCAGCAGCAUCCCCGGAGCAGUGAAGAGGAGUUCAUGGUACACAGACGGCCUGGAGGGUCCUCCCAGUCGCAGCCAGUCCCCGUCCCGUCUGCAGUUACCUGCUGAGAGCUGUUCGCACUUCCUGCAGAAGAGAGGCAGUGCCACCAGUCUGGUGGAGGCUGUGUUGAUCUCUGAGGGUCUGGGGAAAUACGCCAAAGACCCCAAGUUUGUCUCAGCGACCAAACACGAGAUUGCAGACGCCUGCGAGAUGACCAUCGACGAGAUGGAGAGCGCGGCCAGCAAUCUCCUGAAUGGGAGUGUGAGUGAUGACACCAACGGGGGAACGGGUAACGUCAGCUCGGACACACAAGCCACCGCACAUCUCAGAGACCACAGCAUCCGUGACUACAGCGACGAGGAGCCGUACGUGGCUGUGAAAUGCGAAGAGGACCUGAAAGAUGAGAUGAUAUGCAUCACGUCGCUAUAGCAGCGGCUCACACAGGAAAAUUUAGGUUUUUUCAAUUGAACUUCUACUGCUGUUUUACUCUGAGGGGACAUCUCUGUUCAAGUGCGUCCUGGACUUGACAGAAAACGUAAAACAUGGACGAAUAAGAGAACAAAGUGCCUUGUUUUCUCUUUCUGAAAAUUGAAAUGCCAGAGAGAUGAGAGGAAGUGGAAAACUGAGAUGAAUUCAGAAAAUAAUGAAACCAGCGGGAAUCAAACUACCUGCCGGGCCGCCUCUUAAACAGCAAGAAUUCAUGACUCUCUUUUCUUUUCAAAGCAGCAGAACAUCUCGGCAGCCUCGCAAAGCCAGCCCCAUGCUUGUCAAGUUAGUUUUCACAACAAUAACUGAGAUUAAAUGUCAUACUUAUAGCUUCAGGUUGAGGGUGUAGCCAAAAAUGUUUAGUGAACAAUGUCGGGAUCGUGUGCCUGUUAUUGUUCUGCUGCGAGGCUGCGAGUCCCACACAGUUUACUCAUUACAUGAGGAGGCAAUAAAACCGAGGGUUAGAGUUAGUGUCAGGGCACUAAACGCUUAGUGUCUAUGUGAAAUUAGAUUUAAUCAGAAGCAGAUUUUACUCAAAAGAAAAGUUCCGAAUAUUUCCCUCGCUCUCCAGCUUGGAUGUUAGAAGCAAACACCAGUGACGAUGAGUGGCGUGAAGGGAAAAUGCUUGAGCUGGCUUUGCAAAGUUGCAGUGGUCCUGCUCCAAAAUGGCAGUUUGGUGAUUCCGAGAUUCCCAUUUGUUUCACUUCAUGUAUAUAUUAUGUGUGAUUCUAACCUUUCACCGGUCACAGUAACAGACACAGUUUUGAUCUGCUGCUCUGUCUUUUACAGUUUGGCCUCCAUGACUCAGAUAACGUCAUAAAAACAUAUAUAGUUCAUAUUUUUAUGUCGGUUUAUUUUCAUCUCAGAGCAGACUGGCUGCAGAUCAGGCCGAUCCAAAGACUUUCCAGCCUGUGAAUCCGCACUUCGCGUUUUUUUUUUCAGGGUUUCAGGGUUAAACGUUGCUCGACUCUGUUUUUCUGACUUGAAAAGGAAAUCACAUAUCAACGACAAAGACUCUGUCCUCAGGCAUAUCCUUCUGUUUCACGUGCACGCUCAUAUGACACACAGAGAAACACACUGCCAAUCCUUUCCCCCUUUGAUACCAACAACACUGAUGCUAAAUCUUUACACACUUUACAUUUUUAACAUUCCUACUCCUUUAACCACCAUUAAACAAAGACAGUUGAAGAUGUUGUUACAAUGUCAUUCACUUUAUUGAAAACCAUGAGGAACGACCUCAAGCGUGUCACCUGCAAACCGUAGAUAUUUAAAACUCACUUUUCUGUGUUUGUUGAUCAGGUAUUUAUUAAGAACUGAGUUGGCCUUUUACUUUUUACUUUUAACCACACAAACACUGAUGAGCGUUGUUGUCAACUCGAGUCGCCUCCAGCUAUUUGGCCGACAGCCACUGGACGUGUAAUGCAACGUCAAGCUAAAUCAAAGUUAAAUGUUAUAAAUCAUGAAUUAAUACCACUUUUUCAAAUGAAUUAUUAAGAAUUGAUGGGGGGAAAAAAAACCCCAAACAAUUUAUGCUAUUUUAGUCUGUGCUUUCCCGGUGAUGCUAUUUUUAGAACUGCCUAGCGGGCAUGUCUCUCAGACAAGAUGACACAGAGAAAAAUCCCCUGUCUUUGUUGCAAAACAGCAGUAUCAUCUGAAGUCAGUCCUGCGUCACUUCUGCCUCAGGACUGGCAAAAAGCUGACGCAGGGAUUCCCCCUCUUUGUUUGCAAAACAGCAGUAUCAUCUGACGUCAGUCCUGAGUCUCUUCUGUCACUUCUGCCUCGACAGCUGGAAAGUUUAUCUCCCACAAAUUAGUUUCCUCUUCUGAGCAGCCAUGACAGUUUUCUCAGGCAUGCGAGCACUUGUUUCAGGAUGAGUCAGAUAUACAACGCAACACUGACACACGAAACUUCACAACAGAAAGGAAAACUUUACCGACAAUAUAUAAAUGCAGUACAUUGUUUAUGGGUGUGUAGAGUGUUUUUUUAUUUUAUUUUAUUUUUUUUUUUUUUAUGAAAUGAUUGAUGGUGUCACAUUUUAUUUGUAGGAUUCCUUUUUGUUCUGACCGAGUGCACGAGAUGUCCAAAACAGCUGCUUCUCUGAAGAGAGAUGCGACGACACAAGCUGCUUGUGGAUUGAAAAACAAAUCAACACAUUAGAGAAGCAACACAUUCCACCCGCUGCUCUGCACGGUCGCUCCACCACAGGACAGUGUUUGUGAACCAUUGCCAACUAUAACAAUGUCUUCAGGUCAACUUUUAAAAACCAGCGCUGGGUCGUGGCAGAGCAAUCGUGCUUCUCUCUUUUUCCCCCCUUUAUCUACACACUGUUGUCAGGGCAACCAGUUCAAUCUGUGCAAUCAAAGGGCUCCUUCAAAUAUAAAAGCAAACCAGCGGAAUAUUGAGUCAUUUACACGCACAUCAAUACUCAAAUGUAGAAAGUUUGCUGUUGGCUGUUGUGUUGAUAUAAACUGAUGAAUCUAACCUGGAACAGGAUGUGAGCUGCUUUCUCGAACACUCCUCACAUGUACUGUAAAUAAAUCCCUUUCUACUGCUUUCUACACAGGUUUUAAUGGCCAAUACUAAAUAAGACUUAUGCAUUAUCUAACUGCAUGUAAAAUAUGUUUAAUUGAGAUUUUUAACAAAUAUUAAUGUUAUUACCUCUGUACCAAUCCAGGUGUGUUGGUUGACGUGUCAGGGAAACGGUGUGGUAAUGGCUGCAUUUACACAAAAUGAAGGAAACAUGACGUCUAGUUUCAUUAAAAAUUGAAAACAUUUUAUCUGCAAACUGCUCAGAUUGGCCACCUCAGGUACGUUAAUGAUUAUGUGGGAGGCAGACUCAGACUUCUGAAAUCUCUGAAGACAAGUUAAGAGGAACACAGAGCAGCAUCUGGAAUUUACAACCUGUGACUGUUUCCUCUGAAUUACACUACGGCCACAUUUUCCUCAGAAUGGCACAGGGCCCAACAACAUUAGUGUGUUUGGGGAAAAUCCGUAUCGUAUUUAUUUAUUUUUUAUCCUGCUGACAAAUACACAAACAAACACAAUGAAAACCUUACAUCCUUGGUGGAGGUAAUAACAAGUUAACUGUCAGGUGUUCCAUUAAAUAUUAGUCUUUCAAUGUCAUCGAUAAUAGUUUUUUUGUAAACAUCACUAUUUGAAUAAAAUCUAAAUUGCCAUGCCAACACCACACGGUUUUGUUCAGGUCAGAUUUACACAAUGAGUCGAUAUAGACAAACAUGUCAGGAACUCAGAGAAACCAGAAUAAUAAUGUGCAGUUUACUCACACCACACACACACACACACACACACACACACACACACACACACACACACACACACACACACACACACACACACACACACACACACACACACACACACACACACACACACACACACACACACGUCCAACUUCAAGAGUUUUAUCACAUGACAAAAAACACAAAAUCUUGUUGUGCAACUGACAGCUUUAUUUUUUUGUACUGUUCGAAUGUUUUGCAGAUGAAUAUGAAACGACAACGAUGAUGUAUAAAAUCUGUACAGUUGUUUGUAAAAAGUCAGUGAUGAACUUGAAGAUUUCUGCUUUCUACCCAAUUGUUGUAUGAAAAUUAAAAAACAAACAUAGCUCUGUCUACUUUGUAGCAAACGUACUCGUACCUUUUGUACCAAUGUAAACACAAACCCAGUUUUGUACGUUUUACUUCUUGCCUGAAAUGACAAUGCACUUGCUGAGGAUUUUUUUUAAGGACUAAAUAAAGUCUGAAUGAAAUGA